CUGGUCUGUGACUGGGACUAUGAGGCAGUGCUGCAAUACAAAUAAUCACAUGCUGAUCUACAGAAAUACUUUUGUACCAUGGCCAUCCCCACUGGCUUAAGAGAUUAGUCACUGAAAAUGGAAGUGUUUAUAAUGAGGUUGUUUCCCUCCUGGCACAUAUGGCUGACCAAGAUAAGGACAAAAUUGCCCUCAGGAUUGCGGCUAUAGUUGAGACCAAGCUGGCUAGUGUUGUGAGAGUUCUGCUGGAGAAACUGCAACAGGAUGAGCAACACAAAGUAGACAUUUAUUGCAUCCUUGAGAAGGUAUUACAGCAGGACACCGGGGACCUAGAGAGAGGGCUACUGAACAAAAUAAUAGCCCUAGCCUCAAACCACAUGAGGGAGACUCAGGAAGCAACAAAUGAAGUAAAAGUGGCAGCUAGCAACAUGUUAGUGACUCUGGCAAGAUGCUAUUUCGAUGAUGUCAUGUAUGAGCUGCACUGUUAUCUGAAACCACCGAAGCUGCCUGACGAGUUUAUUUUAAUUACGUUGGGCAACCUGUCAUCAGCCUAUGACAUCGACGAGUGCCGCCAGAACCCAGAUAUCUGCAGCCCCAAGAUCCUGUGUAUCAACACCAAAUGGGAGCUACUGGUGGAGUGCUGGGCUGGCUACUAUCCUCUCCAAUGGGAACACGACCCUGUUCCAAGGUAUUAA